AUGAACUUCACAUUUCGUGGUUCUGUUAUUAUUUGGUCGAAGUGCCAACCUCCUAGAGUUGGUCUUGUGAAGAUUACUCCAGAAUUUUCCCUGCUUCAGAAUCCAAUUCCUAGUACUGACAGAGCAAUCUCAAAAAUAAAUUCACAUUCCCAUCAGCCAAACGCUUUCACAUUUGGAGUUCCUAAUGGUCAUCACCAAAGCAUUAUCAAAAUUCUGAGCGGGAGGAGGCAGGGAGUGUUUUGGUGCACUUCCGAAGCUCUAAGAGGGCUUCUUUUGUGUAGGUGCCGGCUUGGGGCUGGACAUUGGAAGGAAGGGAGGUCGAAGAAGGAUGAAGAUUUGGUAGAAGGGCGAGAGAAUGGUGUUUCGGACGAGUCGUCAUCAUCGGCAAAAGAAAGUAGGCUUUUGGUUGGGGGUCGUGAGGGUGUUUUCUUGGGUUUAUUGAUGGCGGAGGGUUUUCUUGUGGUGGUAGAAGUGUCGUUGAUUGGGGUGAUGGUAGAUGAUUUGUCUUAUUCUUCGUCGUCGUCGUCGUUGUCGUCGUUAGAACGGUGGCAGAAGUUACGAGAUUUGUUGUUGCUCAUUGUAGUGAGAGGUGGAAGAGGAAGGCGAUUUUAA